AUGGCUGGUCGUAUAGACGAUCGCGAGCUUAUAACAUUAUUAUUGCAUUUAGGUCUGUCUCUGAGCGAAGCGAAAAAAGCUACCAAAGGUGAAUCCGAGGGGCUUGGAAAAAUACUUUUCCCACCGAACAUAAACUUGCUGGACGACUUUCAAGAAAAGGAGAAUAGCAUCUUUGAUCCACUUCCAUCAGAAUGCUUUAAAAAGAUCAUUAAUACAACAAAGUCAAGCUGCAAUUUCGAUUACUAUAAAAAUACCAAGGCAUUUUAUAAGUCACUUGCCACCGAGUCAAGCCUGAGCGCAUCUUUAACCUCUACGUUUACUUUGGGUGCUACUGUAUCAGUGGCAACAAAGGGCAAAAGUUCAGAGAAAAGCGAAGUGAGUGGCAUAUCUUUGAUCAAGCAGGCGUUGGCAGAAAAGAUAUACGUCGAUAAAAAAUGCCUCACAAGUGCCAAAACCUCCACCCUAAAUGAAGAAUUUAUGGAAUACUUAGAGGAGUUGCCAUUAAAAAUUGAUCAUCCUUGGUUUCCCAAUUUUUGGGAAGAAUAUAAAACUUUCUUGGAUAAAUACGGCUCUCAUGUCAUAACGUCUGUGGAGACCGGAUCAAGGUUCCAGCAAAUGGUGUUCGCAGAGAGCUCUGAAUCGUAUAGCCAGAGAGAUUUUCAGCUGAAAGCCUGUAUCUUGGCUGCAGGCCCCACGAAUGUUGGAAAGCUUAAUGUUUCUGCUUGUUCUAGUGUGAAUAGCAGUGAAGUAUUAAAGGCAAAAAACAUGAGCACUAGCGAGACACGGUUCGUCAGGGGAGGACUAAGGGAUACAAAUAGCGCGUUGACAAAGGGAACGUCGGCUGAACUGAUUGAGAAACUCAUGAAUGAAGCUGACGAGGCACCUUCGCCUGUCCAGCAUACUUUCAAACCGGUCUGGGAAAUAUUAAAAGAUCGCUUCAAAACAGGAUCUAAGAAUCACAUCCGAGCAACAAUCCUCCAGUACUACUACAGUGGAUACUUGGGUUAUGGUUGUCUCUACAGUAAAAGCGGAGAUGUUGAAGUUCAAAAGUUCGACUACACCAAACAAUCAGAGAGUAAAAAACCAGAAUUCGAAUGUUCUCUCGCUAAGGAAGGUUGCCAUAACGAUGACGAUUGUCAUUAUGUAAUUGGACCCUGGUGUACUUGCAAAGGAAAAACGUGCGUUCGCUACAAGUCGGUGAAACAAAUUACAGGUCAAACCAAACAUACUGCAUACAUCAACAAACGAAAGUGGGACUGGAAAGGAUGCGGUUGGAAAGUCGCGGGGUCAUGGUGUACUUGCAAGAACAAAUAA